AUACACGGUUAUCGUACUGAAUUGCGGACUUGGUUGACUGGAUAAGGCGAAUUCAAAUGAUGAAUUUGCACAUCCCGAGUUCCAUUUUCAAAGCGAGCGAACUCCCAAUCUGAUUGCCUCAAUUUUUCGGCCGAACCCUAUUUUAUUUCCAAUCUGAUUACCUUGUACAUGUUUCUGAAUCGAAGUCUAAAAUGUUUAUUCUUAAAAUUCACACGGUCGACUUCUCUCAGCCCCUCGAUGCCUCCACCACCUCCGCCGCCAACGCUCACAGUGACCUGAAGCCCUUCGAACUGAGGGGCGUCGCCCACCUCUUCCGCCAGCUUCCCUCCGCCACCCACGACGGCGUCCCCGCCGCCAGCGUAAGGGCUCUCACCACUGUCGUCUUCGUGGUGGCCGUCCCCAGUUAUAUGUCGGAGAAUGAAUUCCUCGUCUUCUGUGGGAACCACGUCCCUUACUUUGAAGAAAUCCUCUUUAUAAAGAACGAGGGGAUCGAGGACAGGUACAGUGUUCUUAUCAGGUUAGAAAGUCAGUUGGCGGCUGACGGAUUCUAUUGUAGUUACAACGGCAAGAGAUUCAAGCCGCCUGAGGUUGAGAUUUGCCAUAUAUACUUCGCUCAUUCAGUUGAGUAUAAGGACUCUGCCGAAAUUGCUAGUGUACCUCCUCCUGACUAUACUGAAUUGCCCUCUUGUCCAGUUUGCCUCGAAAGGCUGGACCCAGAUGCCAGUGGAAUACAGAGCACAUUGUGCGACCAUUCUUUUCAGUGUUCUUGUGUAUCAAAGUGGACGUACUUGUCCUGCUUGGUUUGCCGACUUUGUCAGCAUCAGGAUGAAAAGCCAACCUGUGCUAUUUGCGGAACGUCCAAGAACCCGUGGAUCUGUUUGAUCUGUGGUUUUGUUGGAUGCGGAAGAUAUGAAAAGGGUCACGCUCAUGCACAUUGGAGAGACAAGAAACACCAUUUUUCUCUGGAGCUGGAAAAGCAACAAAUCUGGGAUUAUGUCAGAGAUAAAUAUGUCCAUCGACUGAAUCAAUCAAAAGCUGGUGGGAAAUCGGCCAUUGAAAAUUCGCGGUGCAACUCGGUUGAAAAAUGUGGGACUUGUGGAUGUGAAGAAGGGUUGGAUGGCACUCUCUUUAGCAGCAAAAUCGAAGGGAUUCUGGAUGAAUACAACCGUCUUCUAGCAAGUCAGCUUGAUACACAAAGACAACAUUAUGAAUCUUUGCUUGCUGAGUCGAGAAGUAGAAAAGACGCAUCCAUAGCAAAGGCAGUCGAGAAGGCUAUAUUUUCAAGGACCCAUGAUCUUGAAUACAAAUUGGAAAAGUGUGAGAAGGAGAAGAAGGCUGUUGGUGAUAGGAAUCAGGAGCUUAUGAAGAAACAAGAACUCCUUCAGAAUAAGUUCAAGGACGUUGAAGAAAGGGAAAAAUCAUCUCUGAAGUCAAUGGAUGAAAACAUUUUAGAAUUGCAAGAACAGGUAAGAGACCUGAAGUUUUAUGUUGAAGCACAAAGGAUGGUUACGAACACGGCGGACUUGGAUGGCAUCAAAGGAGGCACAGUUUUGCCUGUAGAAUCAAGUCAAAGUCAGUCCUCUUCUGGCAGCUCCUCCAGAAGGCGAACCAAGCCUGGCCGACGAAGGAAUUAAAGAUUGUCUUGACUCUUGAUUACUAUGGUAAAUAUUUGUUUUGGUUGUGGGAAAUGAAAAGUAAUUACCCGUGCUAUUGUAAGUUUACGCCAAAGUUAAGAGUGGUGGAUAUUGUUGAUCAUUAUUGUGCGUUCAGGGCGUCGUCAUAAUGAACCAUGAGAUUUGUUCUGUGUUAUGGAAUUUGUGGAUGCAUAUAGCCAAAACUUUAGUGGACUAGUGUUCGAGUUAAUUGUUUGUUGUAACAUCUCUCAAGUUUUUGUUCUGCUUGGGAACUAGAGGAUUAGGUUGAAUUCUUUUUGUUGAGGGAUUAAAUUGGUGGUUGACCUAUCAAAAAUUCAAUUGUCACUACAGGUGUAAACGAGCGGAACUAAGUUUGUGCUCACGAUACUCGAGCUCGUUCUUGAGCCUUUAUUGAGCUUGGAAUUUGGGGAGAUGCAGAAUUGCACUUUAAUACUAUAAAAUAUGAACGUUCUUAUAAGUUGCAGAAGCAAUUCAAAAUGUAAAAUUAACUUUCAGGAGAUUAUAUCACUCUCUUUCGGAACUCUUCACUUAAAUAAGUGGUUGGCCAAGUACAAAUAAGAUU